AUGUCUUCUACUCUCAUCUUCUUGAAAUUUGUCUCCCCUUCUGCUGCUAGCGUGUCUAGUGCAGAUGGCACCAUCGUCGAACGUGUCAUCAGCCGUGCAGAUCUCGUGGAAGUAGCACCGGACCGUGAAGAUACACUCAUGAGUCAUGCCACCACCGAAGAACUACGCGAGGCACUCAAGCUUCGUUCCACAUCUACCCAUGCUCAGUCUCUGCAUAUAUAUCAGAACUUUGACUCAAGCAUGAAACUUCCCAAGACUCCCGUUCGUACAUCUGUCUUUCUCAAUGCCGGCCCGUCCAUAUCGGACACGAGUGGGACUUUAUCGACCGAAAACAUUCGGCGACGGGUCUUAUCUGCGGAUGCAGGCCCAAAGGAUAUUCUCAAGGAUAUCAGAAACCGUCUCGUCCCGGACACCAAAGGGAACGUAACAUUACUCGACCCAUGGAACCCUAUUGGCCUUAGACUAAGCACUCUAGACAAACUGAUAUCCCCUCGACCUCUGGGACCCACUCACAUACUCGUCAUUGUCGACGCUUCUGAAAUUUCCGAAACCGCGUCUCAAAAGCGCACCUUACGCGCUCGCUCGAUUCAAAUGCCGAUUAACGAUUUGCUGUUCAAACUGAACAUGCCUAACCUAUCAAAAGAGCCCAAGCUUCCACCUCGUAUGCACAAGGAGCUUCCCCGGGUCGGUAUCCGAGUUCCGCACAUCGAGACGUUUCGUUUCCUUGUCGUCUUUUUGCACACGCGUAAUCGGAUCGAACUGAUGCGCGCCGUGCUUCCAGAGUGGAUCAGAGAUAUCUUACAACAAAGGGUGACCGCAUCUCGACCUGCCAUCCAAGCUCAGGCCGAGCUCGAGGAAAAGAAAAAGGGAAAACUGCUUGGUAUCUUGAGCCUUGCUUGUAUGUCCACGGAAAGUUUCACGUUGCCUGCCCCUGUGGAGUCUGGCCCUGAACGACUAUUUGAUGAAGUGGCUAGGGAGGUUGCAGAAGCAUCGCGAGACGGCGAGGCAUUCGGACGUGAUCUUGUGGAGGCUACAGCUACGCUCAAUGCAUUGCGCAAUAACCUGACAUUUAUCGGGUUUCACGAGAAGGAACUGUGGGCCGAACUGGAGGACUAUAGCGCUAUUUUGGCUCGUGCUGUCGCUCUCACAUCUGAGCCCAAGGAAAGCACACAACCAGCGCUAGCUCUCAUUCUCGCGGGACCCGACGAAGAAAUCUAG